AUGGGAGGAAAAUCAGAAGAUAAAUCAAAACUAUCUGAAUUUGAACUUUCUGGAAAUGAAGAUCAUCUGGAGAAGGUCAAGAUUUUGCCCGAGAAUGUAGAUCCCAAGAGCAUUUCAAUUGUUUGUUCAAUAUGUCAACAAACGAUAUAUCCACAUCAUCUUUUUUAUCAUAAAAAAAAGCACUCAGCCCUAAGAUGUCUGGGCUACAGCAGCCCACAGACAAAGACAGACAAUGAAACACUUUUAGCUCGGAGACAGGAACUGAUUUCAAACCUGACCAAGCUCCCUAGAUAUUCUGAGAGUCGUAGGCAGAAGAUUGAUUAUUCAUUUGAAUUCCUUACAGAUAAGCAGACUUACUCAUCAUGUUGUGAUUUGGAUAACAUUAACAAUUCUAGCACUCUUAAUGUAAAAAAUUCUUUAAUAAAAGCAUUAUCAAUUUGCCAAGAUAAAAAUCCCACUUGGCAAGGAAACAUGGAAGACAGAUACAUCGUACUGGACAAUUACGGAAGUAGGUCAGACACAUGUUUUCUGGGAUUAGUUGAUGGCUAUCAUGGUGCAGCAGCUGCAGAAGCAGUUUCAGCAGAACUUCCACUUUUAUUUCUUGACCAACUUGCUCAGGUAGAUUCCUCCUACAAGAAGAGCAUGGAGGAACAGAAAAUUCUAGAUUCUUUUUCCACAGUAAUCACAGCAGAUUACAGGGAGAAAGAGAGGAUUUUCUCCGAUAAGCAGGACAAUGACAAGACCAACAAGCCAAAUACUUACAAAUGGAUUCACAAAGCAUAUGCCAAGUCCUUCUGGAGAAUGGACAGACUUUUACAACUAGGAAGGAAUGAAGUUUCCAAAGUUCGCUGGAGUGGCUGUUCAAUUCUUACCUGUUUGGUGGAGAGAAUUCACAGUGAAGAGACAGGCAGCACUGAGGAGAUACAAAGGAAAUCUUUAGAAAAACAUAGGCACAGUCGAUUAGUCAGGACCUCUAAAGGUGUUGCUGGGUUACUGCACAUUGCCAAUAUUGGUAAUAUACAUGCAGUCUUAUGUAAAAAUGGAAAAGCAUAUCGCCUCUCAGAAGAGCACAGCACUUCUAAUACACGCGAGAGAAAACGCAUACUACAGGGUGGUGGCAAAAUCAGCCGUAAUGAACCAGAUGGGUUAGUAGAAGGGCAUCUGAGAACCACAAGGGGUCUUGGACAUCAUGGAGAUCCAGUACUAAAAAAGUCUGUUAUACCUGUUCCUCACACCAUCUCUGUCCCCAUCGAUGAUUCUUGUCAGUUCCUUAUUUUAGCUUCCAAUGGGCUUUGGGAAGUUUUGGAUUACCAUGAAGUACUUGCUUUAACACUAAAAGCAUUCACUCAUUAUUUGAGAAUGUAUGGAGGCAUUCAACAAAAUGGGACUCCUCUGCAGAAGUGUCAAUGUUUGAUGCCUGUCUCUGAAGAAGGCUUAAGUGACUCGAAAGCUACUAAUGAUCAACAAGAUGGAGCAGAGAUAUUGCAGUCCAAUACAGAUAUUUUUCUUGCCACCUCAAAAGGCAAUGUGGCACAAAAUGAACCAAGAUUUUCUAGGAGCAGCUAUCUGCAUAGUGAAGAUGAAUUUAAAGAAACUGAUGACCACAGAACGCAAGCUGAUACAGAACUAUCUCAUUUCAGCAACAAGGAAACACAUUCACAGAACAGCAAGGUAAGACAGUCUGAUUCUAGCAAGCAAAGGGGCUCUGAAGAACCAAAGCAGUCUGAGGACCAAGAAGUCCAUCUAUGUAGCAGUUUUCAGCCCCCUUCACAGACUGCAGGGCGAGAUGACACAGUCUUAGACACUUUCCGUGCAAGAGGUCCAAGUCACACUGACCAACUGGAGAUGAACGCACUGGCGAUAGAGACUACAGAAACAAAGCAGCCCGACGACAACACAAAACCCUGCCUUUCUAAUUGUGCCUCAGAUGCGACGUUAGCAGAACACGCAGACUCCAAGACAUUUUCUGACAAAACUGCGAGUUAUAGCGGUCAACCGCUAGCAGAGACCGUGCUGACAGCUGGUUCCAAAGCAACCCCGCAGUCUGGAGAGGGCACGGGAGCCUCCGUGGCCAGGCGCGACGCCCCUGCGGCCGCGGGAGGCAGGGUCCCCGCUGCGACACUCUACAACGAGGCAGCAGGCCACGUCAGCGAGCACCUGGUACGGGCUGCAUUAGCUGCGGGCUCACGGGACAACGUCACCGUUUUGAUCGUACUUCUGAACGGAUGUGAUAAAAUACCUAAUUAUGUCAACAUUUAA